GAUUUACAAAGAAAAAACUGGGCAAUGUUAGGAAAAUGGUGGUAUAGGUUAGGCGACGGGGUCGAGAGCUUAUGGAAAAGGGUGGUGAGGGAGAAAUAUUAUGGUGGUAGGAGGGAGGUCGAUAUUACCUCGGUUGAGUGUUUCAAGAUGUCUAAGAUUUGGAGGGACAUUAUUAGGAUAGGAGGCCUAUCCCUCAAUCUUAGAAAUAUGUUGGUGGAGGGUUUCAAGUGGGAGGUGGGGGAAGGAAAUAGAGUGGUGUUUUGGGCGGAUAGGUGGAUGGGUGUAAAAAGCCUUAGAGACUUAUUUCCUAGGUUAUUUGCACUAGCUGUUAAGAAGGAAGGAAAGGUGUCCGAAAUGGGGUCUUGGGAAGAGGGGAGAUGGCAUUGGCGACUGGAGUGGAGGAGGGGUACAUUAGGGCGUGAGAAAGAUGAGGAGGAGCUGUUGGGAAAGAUGCUGGAGGGUGUCAAUUUAAAGGAGGGGGCAGGGGAUGUUUGGAAGUGGAUGCAUGGGUUAGAUGGUAAAUAUGGGGUGAAGCUAGCGUAUGACUUCUUAGCUUCUUCGGAGAGAGUCUUGGAGGACCAGUUAUGCAAAUUAAUAGGGUGCAGAUUGGUGCCAUCCAAAGUGUUAAGUUGGUGGGGUUUGGAAUCUGUUUUGCCUAACACUGUAGGAGGCAUGGCAGAGUUUUUCAUUGGUAGUUUGGGAAGUAUAAUUGGAAAGGAGAUGGGUUCUUGUAUUUUCCUAGUGGUAGCCUGGUACUUAUGGUAUAGACGGAAUAUCCAAGUGUUUCGAAAAGAUGAAGGAUUACCAGAAAACCUACUGGAAAGAAUGCAAGUUAAAACAUUUAUAUGGAUCAAAUCCAAAGUUAAUGGCUGUGUUUUCUCCUUUUUCGAAUGGCAAUCUUGUCCAAUGGAGUGUGCUAUGGCUGUCAAAAAGCAUAAAAAGCUGAGGAAGCAGUUCUAUAAAGCUCGAAUGCCCUCUGGUUGAGAUAGGCGGGGUUGCUCUAUUUUCAAUUGGGGAGUACUUGGCCUCCUGACGUUUUAUGUAUGUGUUUUGUAAACCUUGUCAAUCUUUGGUUUUUAGGUCCCUGGCUCUCCUCUGUUAUGAGCUCCUUUUUUUGUAUAUGGGCAGAAGCACCCCUUGU